CCGCGGCAGAGGCUCGGGUCGGUGAGGGGAGUGGGGCCGAGGGUUGGACGAUAUUGAGUGCAUCGCAGGAGAUACUUUGGAAGUAUUUCCUCAGAAGUUUUGAUUGAUUAGCGGCCAUUGAUAAGAAUUCAUUAAUGACUAUUGAAAAUUCUGCGAUGGGGGAGCAGCCCAUAUUCUCCUGCAAGGCGCACGUGUUCCACAUAGACCCGAAGACCAAGCGGUCGUGGAUCCCGGCGUCGGCGUCGGCCGUCUCCGUCUCCUUCUUCUACGACUCCACCCGCAAUCUCCACCGCAUCAUCUCCGUAGAAGGCACAAAGGCCGUCAUCAACUCCACCAUCACGCCCAACAUGACGUUCACCAAGACGUCGCAGAAGUUCGGCCAGUGGUCGGACGUGCGCGCCAACACGGUCUACGGCCUCGGCUUCGGCACGGAAGCUGAGCUUAAUAAGUUCAUCGAGAAGUUCCAAGAGAUCAAAGAGGCUGCUCGCCAGGCGCCGGCCGGCUCAGCCACCAACGGCACCGGCUCGACGCCCACCACCAGCGCCAACGCGUCGCCCGUCAUCGCGCGCGCCGUCAAAAUGGACCAGGUGGACUCGUACCUGCCUCCGCCGCCGGCCGGCGAGCCCGAUCCGAAACAGGGCCCGGCCCUGCACCAGCGCAGCCACAGUCUGUCCGGACUGCAGCAGCCGUCAGAGAGCCCCAAGCACGAGCUGAAGGGGGGCGAGAAGCCGGCCGGCCAGGCGGCCUCCUCCAGCGAGGCGCAGCUCAAGUACGAGAAUGACCGGCUCAAGCUGGCGCUGGCGCAGAGCUCGGCCAACGCCAAGAAGUGGGAGGUGGAGCUAACGACGCUGAAGACCAAUAACGCCCGACUGACGGCGGCCCUGCAGGAGAGCACGGCGAACGUGGAGGAGUGGAAGCUGCAGCUACAGAGCUACAAGGAGGAGAACGGCCGCCUGCGGGGCCGCGUGCUGGAGCUGGAGGCCGGCCGCGGCGGCGACACGGCCGAGCUCUCGCGGGAGCUGCACCAGCUGCGCGCGCGCGCCGACAAGCUGGAGACGGACGGCAAGCGGAAGGACGAGGAGAACCGCAAGCUGGCCGCCUCGCUGGCCGACCCGGCCGCCAAGGCGCAGGCCGAUGGUCUCAAGGCGCUGGACCAGGAGAACGAGCAGCUGCGCGGGCAGCUGUCGCGACUGCAGGACCAGCUGGAGAUGGCGCUCUCGGCGCAGGAGUCGCAGCACAAGGUGCUCGACACGCUCAACAUGCAGCUGGGCGACAAGAUCGCCGAGCUGCAGGGCAUUCACACCGAGCUGCACCAGGCCAUACAGACCUAGGGCCGGCGGCCCGCUGGCCGCCUGGCGUGCCUCGCGGCGCCGGUUGUGAUUUGAGCACAAGCUCCGUAUGUUUUGUUGUGCCGUCGGCCGCGGCACGACGCGCAGCUUAGCGCCAGGGGGGCACAAAGCGUGCGGCCGCCCCGCCGCCGCCGCCGCCGCCGCCGCCCCGGUCUGUGUUCAGACCCGGGCGGCGGGCCCGCGGCUACUCUCUCAUCAGAUCCGAAUGUGCAAUGUGAACCGGCCGCGCCGCUAACGUUUGAUCUGCAUUUUGACGCGUUUUGUCGGGCGCCGCGGCGCGCCGGUGUAAUCUCCGCUGUGCAAUCUUAACCGACUGACCGCGACAGCUUGACUCAGGAGGGGCGCGGAUGUCCUCACCGCUUUCGGUGGCGGUGCCGGUCGCGGUCGGGCGCCCGCUUCACCAGCCUUCGCCAACAGCAUUCCAUAUUUAUUUGCUCUCGCGCACGCGCGCGCGCGCGCGUGCGCGCUCCGGCGGGCCGCCGGCCGGCCGCGCGCCAUGUGAUGUAGUGUGUAGUGCGCGCGGGCCGGGCGUCCUGGAUACCUCGGGCGUCGGAGCAUCGCCGCGCCGCCGCCGCCGCCGCGUCGCCACCGCCGCCAUCGCUGCCAUCUCGCCGCUCGACUGGGCGCGGACGCCCGCUGGGCCGCCCGUUUUUACAGGAGUCCUGGCCCGGGGGUCAUCUUACCAUUGGGGACCAGACGGUUUCAUGUUCGUCGUGUGACUAGCUAAGGAGCUCCCCCAACCGUUCGCAGUUUUGUGUAUUAUAGCUUGGUUAUGUGUGUAUCAGUUUGUAAUAUAGCACAAACUCUGCGUACAAAGCGCGGUUCUCGGUGGA